ACACAAACAGAAACACCUGUACACACACACAGACAUGUACAUACACACACAGACACAUGUAUACACACACAGGCACGUACAGACACGCAUACACGCAUACACACAGAUACAUGUACAUACACAGAAAUACAUACGCACAGACACAUGUACAUAUACACAGACACAUGUACACAUGUACAUGCAUACACAGACACACACACAUGUACAUGUACACACACACACAUCGCAUAAAAAGUUGCAGUACUUUGUUGUUCGCUCACAGAGCCAGGUACUGCACUCUAGGGGGAGGCAGAGAGCACAGCACACACUCCUUCCUUUGCUUACACUGUGCUCAGCUAUUGAGCAGUCUGACAGCUCCCAGUGACAAUGACAGAUCCGGCCUGAGCUCCGAGCCUGCUCAGCAAGAUGGCCCUGGGGGACACACUUGCCCCCACCAUAAUUUCCACUCGCCAUAGG